CACAAAGCCCAAUACCAAGACCAAAACCAAUACCAACCCCGUCGCCCAAAAUGUCCGACAUCACCUCCCUCCCGACUCCCCCGCACUGCGUGGCCGAUUUCUGCUUGAUUCCGAUCGGCACAUCCUCCCCCUCCGUCUCCGCCCAAGUCGCCGACGUCCAGCGCCUCAUUGAGAAGUCGGGCCUGAAAUACGUCAUGCAUUCGGCGGGGACCACGCUUGAAGGAUCCUGGGACAGAGUACACCAAGUCAUUGGACAGGCGCAUAUGCUACUGCACCAGCAGGGGGUGGUUCGGAUACAGAGUGAUAUCCGGGUGGGAUCGAGGACCGACAAGGAACAGUCGUUUGAGGAUAAGGUGAAUAAGGUCCGGGAGUUGUUGGCGAAGGAUUAGGGGAUGUGCUUACUGUACUACAAUUCAUAUUGUCGUGAGAGAAGCAUCCAAAGCGCCUUCCAUACUUAAUUUUAAUUACUCAAGAGAGACCUGGUAGAAUGAAUGUACUUGUAGGUAGGUAUAGUAUAGUAUAGUAUAGUAUAGUAUGGCAUGAAUGUUAUGUACGUAGUAUGUAUAGUAAAGGAAUG